AUGUGCAAAGUUAUUGAGCGGGAGUGCGCGGCUGACAACAGCACGUGUGUGGUGGUGACUGAGUUGGGGCAGAGUCCUGAGGGUUGCGUAGUGGUUGGAGGCGAGGCAGUCUCCUGCUGCCGUCUUACACUGACAAGCUCAUCACGUGACAAUGUUACAAGUGCAGCGGAGGUUGUUGAACUUGCUGCACCCAAUGAGACUCGCUACUUGUUCAAUGUAACUGUCCUGGAUCUAAAUAAAGCUAAGCUGCUGAGAAGCGAUAGAGUUUCUCUAACUCUGGUAGAUAACAGCGAGCUCCUUCUAGAAGAUGAGUAUUUUGAGCUCGCGAUAAAACGAGAUAGUAUCCCAGAUGAGCUGAUAACACCAGGCCUCUACAUCAGACACCAAGGCAAAGUCUUCAAGUUCUGGGGGGAUCAGAUCAACAGGGUGGAUGAGAGGGAUCUUAACAAACUAGGCUGGUACAGAAACUCUCCAGAGACAGACUGGAGGAAGAUACUAAUUGACAAAGUACAGAUACGGACAUUUAACUGCGGGAGGAACAAUGGCAAGGCAAAGAUUAUAGGGAGAUAUUUCAACGUGGAGGGAAGUGAAGGGUUGGAUCUGGAUAAGCACCUGGUCCCACUUGAGGAUUACCAUGCUACAAGAGUAGAGACAGUGGUGUUAGAGUCGGACAAGGUGGUGGUGCGAGCACUGGGUUCACACCAGGGACCAGUCAGUGUAUCUCUGAGGAGUAAGAGAAACACUUUAGUGCUUAACCAAGUGUGGUUAUCAGAUCCUGCUAAACUGCACAGCUUCACAGCUUCUAUAACGCGUGACCAGUACGGUAAUAAUAUCCUGGACCUGACGUUGGAGGGAGCUGCUGGGGAGAUUGAGGGGUAUAUUGAGACUAGCGGAGGGGUUAAAGAGAGAUUAGCUGUCAUUACUCCAGAUGAAUCAUAUCAAACUAGAGUAGGAGUUUUAACAGUGUGUGGUUCUGGCAUAAGAGUUUGUCUGAACUUUAUUUGUCGUGUUCCAAGCUGCAGGAGCCACCAAAUGAGAGGGUUCAGUGCUCCAAACUCAAGACUCAUCAGAAGAGAUAUGUCGAAAAUUAACAUGACUUACGCCGGGGUUUGGUACAGCUAUGGUGACCCAAGAUUAUGGUUCAAAAGCGAGUUUCAGUUUGGAGAGUCUAUUACGGCAAUAAUGUAUCUGAUAUUUGUUGUGGUCCUGUUCCGGUUAAUUGUCAAGACCUUCGCUACACCCACCGAAGAGACAAAGAGUUACAGUGGUCAAGACCAUAAGACAUCACAGGUGGCUACAGGGGAAGAAGAUGAUAUUACAUUUAAGAGGAAGGUGAGGAGGAACUCACUACCCAGAAAUGAGUUGUUAGAAGGGAGGAUGACAAGGAGGAUGGGGAUAUGCUUGGGACCUAGAAUGAACAGACGAAGGAGUAGCUGCUAGUUAAAAUACAUCUUCCAAACAUUUUAUGAAGGAGAGUAUUAAGACGGUGAAAUAUUGUAUAUGAACUGUGAGUUUA